CAGGCAUCCAUCAUUUCUCGGAAGAAAGAAGCCAAGGCAGAAGAGCUUCAGGCUGCCAAGGAGGAGAUGUCAAACAUGGAGAGGCAAAUGUUACAGAAAGCAACCCAGGCCCGUGAGUUGGAUGGCACAGAAGUUUUGAAAGGUGAUGAGUUUAAACGAUAUGUUAAUAAACUUCGAAGCAAGAACACAUUUUAUAAAAAGAAACGUCAAGAAAUAGCAGAAAUUACAGCCGAGUACGGUAUCCUACAGAGAACAGAAGAACUCCUAAAACAACGUCAUGAGGCUAUUCAGCAACAGUUGCAAGCUAUUGAGGACAAGAAGGGUAUCUCUGGAUACAGUUACACACAGGAGGAGUUGGAGAGAGUAUCUGCAGCAAAGAGCGAGAUGGAUGAAAUGAAGGGACGAACAUUAGAUAACAUGUCUGAAAUGGUAAAAAAACUGAAUGCUAUGGUGGCAGAUAAGAAGUCAAGCUUAGCUCCAAUUAUCAAAGAAUUGAGACAGUUGCGGCAGAACUGUCAGGAGUUAACCCAAGAAUGUGAUGGAAAAAAAGGCCAGUAUGACAGCUGUGCAGCAGGUUUAGAAAGUAAUCGCUCCACACUUGAACAGGAAGUAAAAGGGCUGCGUGAGGAGUGUAUUCAGGAAGAAAGCUGCUAUCAUCAUACUAACUGCAUGAAAAAGAAUCUAGAAAUACAACUUCAACGUGCUAAAGAUGAGAUGAAGACAUAUGUUUCCCCAGAUCCACAAGACAGAAGAAAAGCAAUUAGAGAACAAUAUACACGAAUGAUCCUUGAACAAGAAAACCUUGGGAAGAAACUACGAGAGAAACAAAAAGCUGUGCGGGAAAGUCAUGGACCAAAUAUGAAGCAAGCUAAAAUGUGGCGGGAUUUUGAGCAACUGAUGGAGUGUAAGAGAGAGUGUUUUCUAAAGCAACAAAAUCAAACUUCUGUUGGUCAAGUCAUUCAGGAAGGUGGCGAGGAUAGGCUGGUAUUAUGAAUUCGUUUAGAAUUCCUGCUUCUUACCCCGUCAUUUCCUCAGAUCGUUCAAUUGAAUAUUGCUUUGUUUUCUCACUGUUUCUACAUAGGUUACUUUCAAAUUAUUUAUUUUCAGUGGGUAAUAUAAGGUUGAAAUGAACUUCCAUGCAAAAAACCCUCUACAUUAUUUAAGUGCCAGGUUAACGGCUUAAGUCAUAUGGAGGGUCUUCGGUGAGCCUUCUGCACUGAGGUGAAUUUCACUGUAAAGUCUAUGGAUCUUCCCAAAGAAACCAAGGGGACGGAAUCCUUUCCCAAGGCCACAGAAAGCUAGUAGAGCUGCUCUUCAGCUGUUACUGUCGCCCUAACACUACAUUUCUCAGGGGAAAGGAUAGGAAGUUCUGGUCCACCCAUUUCCUAGCUCGGCCCUCUCCUUCCUGCCUUGCCUGAAUUCAUUCACUAUGUGCUGGUAAGCAUGGAGCCAUUGCAGAACCAAGCUCCACGCCAUGCCAAAGGUGCGCACACUCCACUCCCAAUCUCCUUACACAACUUAAGUAAACUGAUUGUGCUGCCAGAGGGACCCUUCAUUGGCACAAAGACAGAAGCAGGAUUUGAGAACAAUUACUUGGAUUCUGAGCUUUUUCCACUUUUUUCUUUUUAAAUAUGUGCUGUCUUCUAACUUUGCCCUGUGGUUGUAUGUUACCCUCAUGAACUUAAACUGGGGCCUCGUAAGAAAUACAGGCCUAGGGUUUCCCCUGCACUGAGGCAGCUUUGUGCUGCUUUAUUUAUGCAAAGUGAUUCUAAAGCAGUGAUAGCUGCCCACAGGAGGAUCAUCCCAGUGUAGGGGCAAUCCUCCAGUGAUGUAGAUCUGGCCCAAUUCUUCCUACAUAAAUUAGGAAAUGGAGAAGUGUUUGUGGACAAGACUUCCCUGCACCCUGACUAGUUGUCAGAAUAGCCCCUGGAGGUCACUGGCAGCCUUCAGACUGUUCUGAGACUUCAGUGGAUCCAUCUGGUGCACAGCUGGCCCAGGAUCAGAGGAGUGCAAAAAUGGCUUGUAACUCUCCUUCACCCCUCCUGAUUUUUGCUGUGCACUCCUUGGCCAAACAGACAAGGGUCAGAGCUAUAAAGUUAUGUCAUGAAGAUCAAAAUUCUUACUGCUUUUCUUAUUUUCUUUUGGUCUGUAGAAAAGCCAUUUGGAAAUUUCUAUCCUGUUUGAAAUAAAAUUGACCUAAUUUUUAAUAGUACCUUCAGUGUUACUUUGGAUAUAACAAGUAUUUUAGCCUUCUCUGAUAUUUAACUAUACAUCCACUUGCUGCUUUUUGUGUGAACCCCUUCCCUAACCUGUAUUUGCAUUAAAUAUAUUUAACAGAAAUAGAAGAAAAAAAAAUCUGGUGUCUAUAGUGUGGCUUUGUAAUUUUUUAAAAGUUUCUUUAGUUGAUAGAAGUAAUUGAACAGUCAUUAUUAAAGGCAAGGGCCUAAGAGGAAGAAGGCGUUUGAAAAGCUCAGAUUCACUUCACAGAGUUAUUUCCAAAUUCUUCCUUUGGCAGCAAAAAGUGUUUGCAGCCAUGCUAAGAAAACAAAGCCUUCAUAUCCCGCACAACCGUAAGAUUUGCCUGGAGACAGGGUACAGUCCCCUCUCAUCCCAAUGUGGGGCCCUGCCCCUUGGUUCCUCUUUCCCGUUCAGGAUAGAUCAAGGGACUCUUUCUCCACAGCUACACACUAACCUUCUCUCCAAGGAUAGGUAGAAGCUGCAAAGUGUUAAGCAGCAUUAACUCCUAUGCAGAUUUUCACUGGUUUGGAGGGAAGCCUGCUGUGUAGGGGGGUGGACCUUAGGUAGAUUUACAAGCAGCUGGGAGAGCAUGUCUCAUUACCACCAUGUGCCUCUUCCACAAUUUGAGUGCCCUACAUGGCAAAAGGAGGAUUGUCUUAAGGUUAAGGCACUGGACUGAAACUAUAUCAAACAAUGUGCUAGGAUUAAGCUCCACAAAAUGGCAGCAGACUCUGUGGUAUGGGGAAACCCAGUUCCAGGAAUAUCUUUAGGUUCUUCUCUUGCUAGCCCAGUAUUUAUUAAUUAUUACUUAUUUAUUUACAGUGCUCUGGUGCCAAAUGGAGCUGAAGAAAGUUAUGGGAGUUACAUACUUGGCCUUUUGAGGAAGAGUUAUAGGCAUCUUGUUGAAUGCUUGUCCUCAACAGUGGAAUAGCAUGGCCAUCUAGACAGGAGAUAUAUUAGGGGGAGCCUGGGAUGAUCUCCAGAAAAGGGGCAUUUGGAUUCCUUAGGGGUCAGGUGCAGUGGUGAAGGAGAACACAUGCUCCAAAGCCACAGAAAAGGGGGGAGGGGAGAGGAUGAGGGAAGGAUGUGCACAUGAAACAAAUACUUAAGAAAAUCCCAAACUCUAAAAUCACAUUAAAUCAUUUAGACAUCUCUUUUUUAUAUGGCAUUGCCAGUUACGCAGGAGUUAUGCUUUUAUAGGAAAUCUAUAGGAGUAAUGUACAGUCCAACUGGAUGUAAUUUUUUUUCUGUUCACUGUUACCCUGAAAGCAGAGUCUCUUUCUUUUUAAAAACAAGUUAUUGGUAGUUGAUUUAAGAUUACAUGAUGGUUGCACUGAUUUAAUUAGUGCGGCAUCAUUCUUACAGCAUCAGAAUGACUUGCUGAAGCGAAGCAGAAAAUCAUGAUUACUCUAAGAAAAGACAAUUGGAAAAACUAAAAAGCUGUUACAGUUAUUUUUAGCCUUUAUAUAAGUGGACAUUUAAUGCGGGUUUAAUGGAUUCUGUUCAGUGGCUUUUCCAACCAGUUAGUGAUUUGAUGGGAGCAUUCAAAAAUCUUUGACUGAUUCUGACAGUUAAUUUCUUCUGCUGGUAAUUUACAAAGAAGAAGCUUAUUAUCCUUUGCUCUAUUAGUAUUAAUAGUCUAGCUGAGAUUACAAAUACAACUUGGAAAAUCACCUGCCUUUUACUUGUGAAGAUCCAAAUAACAAAAAAAUGUAGCCAGUGAAAUUCUGUGUUUCUGUACUUUUAAAAAUGUCUUCCUAUUAAGACACCACUCUUGCUAACAGUUGCUAGGACCAACU